AUGACUGACUUCGGCCGCAAAGACUUCUCCACUAAGGCGGAAGAGAAGAUCACGCCUGACUCGUCCAAGUCCACCGUCGACAAGAUCUCCGAGACCUUCACAGAUACCUCGGACCGGAUCUUCGGUGCUGCUCAGCCCAACCAGGAUAAGUCCGCCACGCAGCGCGCUUUUGACAGUGCUCGUGGCGAAACAGACAAUCAGGCUCAUGGCGGUAGCUCGCAGACUAUUGGCGAGAAGACCGGCAAAGAGAUCCGCGAGCAGCAACCACUUAUCAAGAAGCUGAAAUUACUGCUGCUGUUCAACCCAUUACCAGAAUGGAUUGACACCACCCACGCCAUGCGUUUCUACAUGCACAACCCAGCGAUCGAAGGAGGCAUGCCGAACUCAUACAUCCCCAUUCUACGGAAGCGACUGCAUCUAACUCACGUCAAGACGAAGAGAAAGCACCCCAGCCUCUCGUCACCGGAUCAAAGAAUUCGUCGACUACUGCCACAUCAACAUGACCCAAUUCGAGCCCUCCGAUCUCGCCGCCUACCCGAUCUCUCUGAGGAUUUCUUCUCCCGCGCACACGGGUCCGAUGGUCGACCGAUUCACGAGCAGGAGGAUCUUGCCAGCGCCGUGGUCGUCACGGACUCACGUAUCGUGGCGUAUGGAACCGUCAACGAAAGCAAAGGGCUCUGGAUCAAGCGCGAUCGCUUCUCCAUUAGCAACUUGGAUCCACGAGCAGUACCAUUCGCAAAGGACGAGUUGGGGAUCUUUCAAUAUGGAGGGUCAUCGAUUAUCGUGGCAUUCGAGAAGGGUCGGAUUCAGUUCGACGAGGAUCUGCUGAAUAUGAGUCGCAACGCAAUUACCGUUGAUGUUCAGGUUGUCGCCUUUGGAACCCACUGUCUCUUCCUUCCUAUCCUACCCCUCGCGUCGGACUUUCGGCUUCGUGACGAUACUCGAUCGACCUGCAUUCCCAACGGCUCGGAUCGGCGGUAUAGCGGGGGCGCGGCGGGCUCUCUCUUCAUUGUCAGGAUGUCGUCCGCUUUUCUUCGCUCAGCGGCGGAGAUCAAGUCUCGCAUUCCGUUGCUCAAGGACGUUCAUUUGAAUUUCAUCUUCCUUCAUUACACCUACAUCAUCUUCGUCAUCCUCCUUACGUCCGUCAUCAUGCUUGGUGGUAGUAAUCUCGCCUACAUCGAUGCUCUUUUCUUCUGCGCGGGUGCGGCCACCCAGAGUGGGCUCAACACCGUGGAUUUCAACUUGUUGUUCACCUACCAGCAAGUCCUCUUAUAUUUCGUGUCGAUGUUGACCACUCCGAUUUUCAUUCAUACGAUGUUGGUCUUUGUGCGACUGUAUUGGUUUGAAAAACGGUUCCAGCAUGUCGUUCGAGACGCCCGAGCGUUGCGUCACACCCGGUCCCGAUUGCGCACCAUCACCGAGGACAAGGACCCCGAGUCGUAUAACGUGGAGGAAAAUGGCGUGAGGAACCGCUCAAUUGUCGUGAUGCGCAGCACCCAGGAAAAUACUGGCGAAAUGCCUCAAGAGCAAUCCCCAUCCCCCGACAUGAGCGACUCGGGUUCUGUAUCGGGUGCCGGUAAAGACGAUAGCGUUUCGGAGGACGAGGAGAAAGCACAGAGAGGCAGACUAGGCUUUGGUCUAGGCAGCCUCCGGUUCCCCACUCAGUUAAGUCCUGACCAGCAUAUCGCGUUCCUGGAGAACCAGCGGAAGAAUACCGGGGCGUUGCGCAUUCCGAGCCCGAGGGAAUACGAUCGUGGCGGCGUGCCCCAGGUGCUCGAGGAUCAGGAGGAAAUCCAGGAGGUUCCGUCACCGCGGACUAAGGGUCGUGACGAGGCAGACAAUCGGCAUUCGGAGGAGGAGGAGGAUCAGGUGGGACCUCUGGGCGCACCGCACAUUACCAUCAACGAGCCGGACAUGGUACGGACUAAGACGAGAAACUCGACUUUCCCGCGUCUUGACACUCGCCCCACGAUGCAUGAAACGAAGGAUGUCAAUGAUCCGUCGCCGUUGCAACGCACGACCACCCGGAGACCGACCUUUACCAGCGUAUACCGCUCGUUGACGCAGGAACGAGACCGGAACACGCUUCCGUAUCUCAGCUGGAACGCCACGGUCGCCCGCAAUUCCAAUUUUGUCGAUUUGACCGAAGAGCAACGAGACGAGCUGGGUGGUAUAGAAUAUCGUGCGCUGAAAACACUCGCAGUUGUUUUGAUGUCGUACUACGUUUUAUUUCACCUACUGGGAAUAAUCUGUCUCGUGGGAUGGAUUAUGACCACGCAUUGGGGCUCCGCGGUCACCCAGAUCGGCCAGGGCCGACCGUGGUGGGCGAUUUUCACCGCCGCAUCGUCCUUCAACGAUGUCGGUUUUUCAAUCACCCCGGAUUCGAUGAUGUCGUUCCAGGAUGCCAUUUUCCCCUUGCUACUUUUGACGUUCCUCAUCGUCAUCGGCAAUACAGGUUUCCCUUGUAUGCUUCGACUGAUCAUCUGGAUGUUGUCCAAACUCACCCGCAAGGAAAGCCCUCUCUGGGAAGAACUGAGGUUCCUGCUGGAUCAUCCUCGCCGCUGCUUCACUCUUCUUUUCCCUCGCAAUGCUACCUGGUGGUUAUUUGCGAUCUUGAUUGCCUUGAACGGAAUUGAUGUGAUCUUUUUCAUCAUCCUGGAUUUGAACGAUUCCACCGUGACGAAGCUCCCCGUUGGUAUUCGCAUUCUGGACGGGUUGUUUCAGGCAGCCUGCACUCGAACUGCCGGGUUCUCGGUCGUGUCUUUGUCCGACAUCCAUCCUGCCGUGCAGGUAUCCUAUCUGAUCAUGAUGUAUAUAUCCGUUUUCCCGAUCGCCAUUUCCCUGCGACGAACCAAUGUGUACGAGGAGAAGAGUUUGGGGGUGUAUGCCGACCAGGAAGAGGAUGAUGAUGAUAACCAGACUGCGCCCAGCUACAUCGGAACUCACUUGCGACGACAACUCAGCUUUGAUCUGUGGUACGUGUUCCUGGGGCUGUUCAUCAUCACCAUCGUCGAGGGAGACCGUCUCCAGCGCACCGAUCAGUAUAACUUCCAAAUCUGGUCUGUUCUUUUCGAAGUUGUCUCCGCCUAUGGUACGGUUGGCAUGUCUCUUGGCUACCCGGGGUCCAAUGCCUCGUUUGCCAGUCAAUUCCGAACCCUGUCAAAAUUGGUUAUUAUUGCCAUGCAAAUUCGUGGCCGCCAUCGUGGCUUGCCCUACACCUUGGAUCGGGCCAUUCUUCUCCCAUCCGAGCAUUUGCAUCAAGAUGAGAUCACCGAUGCCGAGCGACGCGUGCGCCGACGGACCUCCAGCUUCAGCCGGAUGCCGUCGACCGACCGGCAGGACAAUGGCACAUCGUCGGGCAUGGAUCAUCGAGACUCCAUUCUCCGCCGACAGUCCACUCGACGAUCGCAGCGUUCACAGCGAUAG